CGGCCGCGGCGCCGCCGGGCUGCUCGGCCUCCCAGGCGCAGGGCGCGAGGGCGCCGCCGGGGCCGCUCUAGCCUCCCGCCCGCUCUCGGUGGUUCCUGCGCCGGCGGCCCGGCGGGGCGCACGUGGGCGCGGCGGCGGGGCCGGGUCCGCCGUGAGCCGCGGUCCCGGAGCGGGCCGGGCCGGGCCGGGCCAUGUUCGCGGAGGAGGAGUGGAAGGACGGGGCGGGCGACGCCGCCCUGGGCCCGGCCGUGCCGCGGCCCGUCGGCCCCGCGGCCCCUCAGCGGCCGGCCCCGGCGGGAGCGGCGCGGCGGCGGCUCCUGGCCACCCUGCAGCGCCUGGCGGCGGCGGCCGGGCCCCAGCGGGCUGCGCGGAGACGGGCCCCGAAGCGCCCGGCCGGGCCCGAGGGGCCCCCGAGCGGCCCCGGGCGGCCCCGGGCAGAGCCGGAGCCGGAACCGGAGCCGGAGCCGGAGCAGGCCGGGCAGCACCGCAGCGAAGACGCCUCUGCUGAGCUGCCCGGGGACAAACCCACGCGGAGCCCGGAGCGCGCGGAGCCGGAGAGGGGGCUGUCAGCCGCGGGGCCGGCACAGAGGCUGAGCAGGAAGCAGUGGAGGAACAAACAGAAGAAUAAAAGGCGCCAGAAAAACAAGUUCAAAGUGGGGCCUGGACCUGGUGGGGAGAAGUGUCUGGAUGUGGAGGCAAGCGUGGAGCCAGGCGCUUUGGAGUCACCCGCUGCGGAAACGCUGCCUUCGGAGCGGUCCGAGGCCCUGCGUGCGCGGAUGGAGGAGCGGCUCCUCUCUGCCCGCUUCCGCUACAUCAACCAGCAGCUCUACACUUCCAGCAGCCAGGAAGCGGCACGGCUCUUCCAGAACGACCCCGAAGCUUUCCAAAUCUACCAUCGUGGCUUUGCUCAACAGGUGGGGCGAUGGCCCGAGAACCCCGUGCAUCGCAUAGUUCGUUAUCUGCGACAGCGGCCAGCCUCGUUGGUAGUGGCAGAUUUUGGGUGCGGUGACUGCAAGAUUGCGAACAGCAUCAGAAACAAGGUCCACUCUUUUGACCUGGUAGCUCUCAGCCCACUCGUCACCGUGUGUGACAUGGCCAAGGUGCCCUUGGCAGCUGAAUCUGUGGAUGUUGCAGUGUUCUGCCUGGCGCUGAUGGGCACCAACCUGCAGGAGAUCCUGGAAGAGGCGAAUCGCGUGCUGAAGCACGGGGGCACCUUGAUGAUGGCUGAGGUUGCCAGCCGCUUUGAAGACCUCCGAGCCUUUGUGAACGCUAUGACUCAUCUGGGCUUCAAGUCUGUCUCCAAGGAACUGAAGGGCUUCAACUCACUCGACGAUCUUCUUCAUGUCAAAGGCAUCACCACCCGCAUCUUGGAGCUGAACAGUCAGCGGAUGACUUGCAGAAGAAGGCCAAGCAGUGAGGAAGCUGCUAGGGUGCUGGCUGAGGAGGAAGAGGAUGUGUCGGCCUCCUGGGAGCCGGAGCGCUCUGGGAAAGGGAGCCCGGGGUCAGGACCAGAGGCUGAUGGCUCCCCCGAGCAAGGGGCACAGGAGUCAGUCAGCUCCAGAGCCUGUGGGGAGCAGCAGGAGGAGGAGGAAGAGGAGGAGGAGGAGGAGGGGAGCUGCUACAGCGAGGAAGGGGAGGACGGCAGCGAUGUCUACUUCUAUUACACCAUCGGCGAGCGCUGGAUAGACUACCUGCAGCGGACAGAAGAGGGUGGACUCCUCCGCCACGUGCGGCCCAAGAUGAAGCGGAAGUCAGAGAAUGGCCUGGAUGGCAGGGCCCUCUCCCCUGGCAAGAAGCUGUGCAAAGGGUCUGAGUACGGCAGGACCCUGGGUCCCUGCACGCCCAGUCCCACCACCACCUUCGGGGACCUGCGCAACGCUAAGCCAGGCCAGGCCCGACGCCGUCGCAUUCCCUCUGUGGCCCCCCCACCCGAACUGCAGGACUGGCUUCGCACCUUCCAGCGGUGGAGCGGCCCAGAGAAGCUGCUUGCUCUGGAUGAGCUCAUUGAUCGCUGCGAGCCCUCCCAAAUCAAGUACAUGAUGCAGGUCAUUGAGCCGCAGUUCCAGAGAGACUUCAUCUCCCUGCUGCCCAAAGAGCUGGCACUCUAUGUCCUCUCCUUCCUGGAGCCUCGAGACUUGCUCCGUGCUGCCCAGACCUGCCGCUACUGGAGGGUCUUAGCUGAGGAUAACCUGCUUUGGAGAGAGAAAUGCCGUGAGGAAGGCAUAGAGGAGCCCUUGAACCUGCGGAAGCGGCGCCUGCUGAGCCCUGGCUUCAUGUACAGCCCCUGGAAAUUUGCGUUCAUGCGGCAGCACAAAAUUGACAUGAACUGGCGCAGCGGGGAGCUCAAAGCCCCCAAGGUGCUGAAGGGACAUGAUGACCACGUCAUUACCUGCCUGCAGUUCUGUGGCAACCGGAUCGUCAGUGGCUCGGAUGACAAUACGCUCAAAGUGUGGUCAGCUGUCACCGGAGAGUGUGUGCAGACACUGGUUGGCCACACAGGGGGUGUCUGGUCCUCCCAGAUGAGGGACAGCAUCGUCAUCAGCGGCUCCACAGACCGAACACUCAAAGUGUGGAACGCAGACACAGGCGAAUGCGUGCACACGCUGUACGGGCACACGUCCACCGUGCGCUGCAUGCAUUUGCACGGGAACAGGGUCGUGAGCGGCUCACGGGACGCCACGCUGCGCCUCUGGGACAUCGAGACUGGGCAGUGUCUGCACGUGCUGAUGGGCCACGUGGCCGCGGUGCGCUGCGUGCAGUACGACGGGCACAAGGUGGUGAGCGGCGCGUACGACUAUACAGUGAAAGUGUGGGACCCCGAGAGCGAGAGCUGCACUCACACGCUGCAGGGACACACAAACCGCGUCUACUCCCUGCAGUUUGACGGGACGCACAUCGUGAGUGGCUCUCUGGACACGUCGAUUCGAGUGUGGGAUGUGGAGAGUGGAAAUUGCCUACACACUCUUAUGGGACAUCAGUCGCUCACUAGUGGCAUGGAGUUACGUGACAAUAUCCUGGUAUCUGGCAACGCCGACUCCACAGUCAAGAUCUGGGACAUCAAGACGGGCCAGUGCCUGCAAACGCUGCAGGGGCCCAGCAAGCACCAGAGUGCCGUGACCUGCCUACAGUUCAGCUCCAAGUUUGUGGUAACCAGCUCAGAUGAUGGUACCGUCAAGCUCUGGGACCUCAAGACGGGCGAAUUUGUGCGCAACCUGGUUGCACUGGAGAGUGGGGGCAGCGGGGGUGUAGUGUGGCGCAUCCGUGCCUCCAACACCAAGCUCGUGUGUGCGGUGGGCAGCCGCAACGGCACAGAGGAGACCAAGCUGCUGGUGCUGGACUUCGAUGUGGACCUGAAAUGAGCCUGGCCAGUCCAGGCUGGGACGGAGGAUCCCGCGGGCUGGGCGUAGCAGCUGGUCUUGGUGGGGCUGGCCCCAGAGCAGGCACUAGCCCCCCGCGGGCUGUAAAUACUGUAUGCAGCUGUCUGGGCCUUAUUUAUAUAUGUGUGAACUCCCUGUGGGGAGCCUGCGCCCGGCUAGGGCACUGUACAGAGGAAGCAGCAUGUUUUAUACACACUAAUAUAUCAAUUUAUUUCUGUA